AUGCUACUCCUCCUCCCUUCCCUGAUGCUACUCCUCUCCUCCCUUCCCUGCUGCUGUUUCUCUCCUCCCUUCCCUGCUGCUGUUCAUCUCCUCCCUUCCCUGCUGCUGCUCCUCUCCUCCCUUCCCUGCUGCUGCUCCUCCCCUCCCUUCUCUGCUGCCGCUCCUCUCCUCCCUUCCCUACUGCUGCUCCUCUCCUCCCUUCACUGCUGCUACUCCUCUCCUCCCUUCAUUGAUGAUACUCCUCCCUUCCCUGCUGCUACUCAUCUCCUCCCUUCCCUGCUGUUACUCCUCUCCUCCCUUCCCUGCUGCUACUCCUCUCCUCCCCUCCCUGCUGCUGUUCCUCCCGUCCCUUCCCUGUUGCUGCUCCUCUCCUCCAUUCCCUGCUGCUGCUCCUCUCCUCCCUUCCCUGCUGCUGCUCCUCUCCUCCCUUCCCUGCUGCUGCUCCUCUCCUCCCUUCCCUGCUGCUGCUCCUCUCCUCCCUUCCCUGCUGCUGCUCCUCUCCUCCCUUCCUUGCUGCUGCUCCUCUCCUCCCUUCCCUGCUGCUGCUCCUCUCCUCCUUUCCCUGCUGCUGCUCCUCUCCUUCCUUUCCCCCUCCUACUCCUCACCUCUCUUCCCCCAUCCUACUCCUCUCCUCCCUUCUCUGCUGCUACUCCUCUCCUCCCUUCCCUGCUGCUACUCCUCUCCUCCCUUCCCUGCUGCUACUCCUCUCCUCCCUUCCCUGCUGCUGCUCCUCUCCUCCCUUCCCUGCUGCUGCUCCUCUCGUCCCUUCCCUGCUGCUGCUCCUCUCCUCCCUUCCCUGCUGCUACUCCUCUCCUCCAUUCUCUGCUGCAAUUCCACCAUUCAUCUCCUCUAGACCCGAAGUUCCCCCACUUAAACCCUUUCAUCCGUGGAUCGUACACAGGGUUCACCUGGCGGAAAUGA